AACAUCUGCUGCUACAGAAGACACACUACCUGAGACUAUGUCCCAGCUUAACAUAGAAUCACCUUCGAGCACACCUCCUGCUGAUGAUCAACAUCAGACUGCUCCCAGCCAUUCCCUAGACCUUGCUGAGAGUCUCCCUACUCCAGCUCCAGGCCUCACUAACCAAAAGACACAGACCCCAAGCCAGAGCACUACCAGAGGAGCUGUUGCCCAAAAUGAGGCCAUGACCGUGACAGUGCUGGAUGUAUCAGAGCAAAUUGAAUAUGAGUCAAAAGAACAUGAAAUAAAGUCUAUGUUUCAUGCUAAAGUGGCGACUGCGAACAAAUAUUUCAACGUAAAAGUUUUCAGCCUCAAACUGAAAGAGAAGUUCAAAAUAAGGAAUGUCAUCAACAUUGCCAAUUAUGUCCAGUUCAAAGGAAUCCUGGUGAUAAAUAGAAAUUCCUCUGUGACUAAAGUUGGUUACAAUGGAGUGAUCGUAGUUCCCAACAGAACAGCAGAGGAAACUCUCAUGAUUUCUGAUAUUAACAAGAUUGUAUGUAGAGCACCAUUUUAUGGGACGCUUACAUUGAACAAGAAAAAGGUGUACUCAAAAAACACAAUCUAUGAAAUGAUGGACGAGGGCGAUGAAGAUGAAAUUAUAGAAGUUGUAGGGAGAGGGAGAUGCUUCAACAUCAACUGUGAGAAAGGAGACAAACUACAGCUCUUCGACUUUGAACUGACAAGAACUAAUAAUCACGCAAAGCUGGUGUCUGGAAUUCACAGUUUCAUUAAGGUCAUCAAGGUUGAAAAAAAAGAAAAUAUUCCUUCUUCAUCCAAACCCGAAUAAUGAAGAAGGAAGUGGCGACCCACAGAAUUAAUUCAGUGCUUUCAACAGUGGAGUUUUUAAAAUAGAGACACCAAGCAACUGGAAACAAGCAACAGCUAUAGUAGUACAUCUGAGCAUUUACGUGUUGUUACCUAACCUGUGAUUACGUAUUUUCAUUUAUAAUAGGCUUUACUCUGUUUUUCUAUGAAAAUAACACGUGAGUUUAAUUUUUCCAGUGUAAGAAUAAUAAAAAUUUCUUUUGAAAAGGAUACAAACAUUCAGUCAAAGUAGUCAUCUACACUAUGUGGAAAGAAUUUUACCUACUGUUCUUCUGAUACAGGGCUAAUAUCCAAAAUAUAUAAAGAACUCAAAAAACUAGAUAAGCGAUAAAACAAAUAACCCAAUUGAAAUUUGGCUAAAGAUCUAAGCAGAGCAUUCUCAAAGAGGAAAUUUAAUUGGCUGUGACACACUUAAAUGUUCAACAUCCUUAGGUAUCAUAAAAUGCAAAUCAAAACUAUUUUGAGAAUUCAUCUUAAACCUGUCUGACCAGCUAAGAUCAGUAAAACAGGUGACAGCUCACACAGGUGAGGAUGUGGAGUAAGGGAAUAGCCAUCCAUUGUUGAUGGAGGGCAAACUUGUACAACUUAUUUCAGUUUCCUUUAAACACUUUUAAUGCAAUUCAAAUUUUUAGAUAUUUUUGUCUGGGAAGUCUUUUCCAGACUUAAAA